CGGGGCAGGAAGGAGGCAGCUGCGAGAGAUCCGCGGCGGGAUGCGGACGGAGCUGACCGCAGGCUGGCAGGCAGCGGGAACGUCCCCCACCCUUUGCCAUAGCGGCACUGGAAUGCCAACCGCGCUGAGCCGUCGGGCGCCGUCUUGAAGAAGGGAGAUCCCAAGGUUCAUGGAAAUGGCUAGAAAACAUGAACAUUUUGGACUAAGCUAUUUGGAAGAAUUGUCUAUACUUAAGGAACGUGAGAAUAUGUGCAAAAAAUCUCGGCAGCAAUUUCUGACAUUUAAACGAAAAGCAGCUAAUGAUCAGACACGUCUGAACAAACCUCCAUUUCAAAUUACGCCAUCAGAUCUGUCACCUCAGCUAGAACCUAAUUCUAGCCACACAAAUCUUCCUGUUGAGCAGGAUACUUGUAUAAGUUUGAAAACAGUAAAUCUCCUUCCUGAUGUAUGGCUCACAAAACAUCAAGCACAAUAUCUUGAAGCUCAACAGAAGAAAUCUCCUAAAAAAGAAGACAGUAAAAUAGGCAGUCACUUAGAUGAAAAUGAAAAGGGACCAGUAGCAAUCGCCUCUUUAAUAGGUACUGCCAAACAAGUCAGUAUGUUAAAGAAACCAGAGCACCCACCCAGGUCCAAAUGCAUAAGGUUUGUCAGUGUAAAAUCUAUAUCUGAGAAGACUUUCAUUUCUCAGCAAGAGGUCCAUGAUACUGAACAACCAGAGCAAAAAAUAUAUUAUCAGCAGAAGACUACAGGAAAUGUAGGAACCAGCAGCGUUACAACAGAAACAGAUAGCUCAAGGACUGUAGAUUCCAGUACAAGUGAAAUGUCACUUAAAAUGGCAAAGGAAAUUUCAAAGCCAAAUAUUCUAAUGUCAAUUCUUGAAUUAGAAAAUUCAGACAGUAAAAAAUUUGGUGAGAUAUCUAAUAUGAAGUCAGUUCCAGGAUCUUCACAAGAAACUAGAGGUGUGAGAAGAUCAAGCACAUUUGAAAAAUCCUUCCCACUGAGUAGGUCAGAAGCACUGGAUUCUGCUCAGACAUUUCCUGCUGGAGUAGUGCCACGGUCUAUUGAUGAAAUAAUAGCUUCCCUGCAGUCCACAACUCCUACCCCUUCAGAUCUGAGAAUCAAAGAGCUCUUGGAGAGUAUCCUUGGCGAGAACUACAACAUAAAAAUAGAAUCACCAGUUAUAGUUCCACUGAAACCUGAGGAAAAAGAAAAAACUCCUAAGUACUCUCUGCAGGAAUCUGAGAGUGAAGAAAGACAAUCUCCAGCUGAACAAGCAACACCAGCAGAUAGUGAACAAACACAACUGGAUUCAUCUCAAAGCUCACGACGGGAGAUACGGGAGAGUAUCUUCCCCCCGAUAGAGGAAGAGAACAUAGUAGAGGAAGAUACUCCUAAAGCUAGGGAUUCAUCUCAAAGCUCACGACGGGAGAUACGGGAGAGUAUCUUCCCCCCGAUAGAGGAAGAGAACAUAGUAGAGGAAGAUACUCCUAAAACUAGGGUACAAGAAGAAUUUACUGAAGAGCCUGCAGAGACACCAGUAGUAGAAUAUCCACAUAAGGAGCCAAGCUUGCAAGAAAGUGAAGAAGAUGUUUCUUAUUCAGACAUCCAAGAGUUAUAUGAGCCAGGUCCUCUGGUGCCAAAAGUUUUGGAGGAGGAGGAGACAUCCGAAGAACUGGAGGAGUUCGAUUCUGUACACAGCCUAAAAGUAAGAGGCAAAGCAUUUCCAAAGGUUGAACCAGUUACAGUUCAAAAAAGCUCAGAAGAUCUUCCUCAACAGCAACCAGUAUCUCUUCUUUCCACAUGGACUACAAAGAUCAAAGAUGUGGACCAUCCUUUUAUUCAUCAUCUCUGUACAGCUUCUCCUAGAUGUGCAUUGCCUGUUGAUUUGCAACUUGUUUCUAGAGUGAGCCAUACUUUGGACAAAAAGAGUCAUCAUGUCCCAUUACCAGCAUUUCAUCCUGGGUAUUACGAGUCAGAAGACCUCUUUCCUGCCAUUACUCUUCUUGAGAAACAGAGGGAAACAGAAAGGUAUUAA